CUGAGGAGGUGAUGACCAGUAGACAUGGCUCAAUUUGCCGAGGUCCUGGCUGAAAUAGGCCACUUCGGUCGCUUCCAGAUACAGCUGGUGAUACUGAUGUGUGUCCCCAACUUCCUGAAUGCCUUCUACCUAUUUGCCCAGGUCUUCAUGGUCCUGGAUGAGACCCACUACUGUUCAGUGGCCUGGGUCAAGAGUCAUACUUUCAACCUGAGUGCUGCUGAGCAGCUGACACUGAGCAUGCCUCUAGAUGCUGCAGGCAAUCCCGAGUCCUGCCUCAUGUUCCGGCCGCCCCCUGACAAUGCCAGCCUGGAGGACAUCCUCAGCCACCGCUUCAAUGAGACACAGCCUUGCGAUGCAGGCUGGGACUAUCCUGAGAACAGGGCCCCAUCUCUAAAGAACGAGUUCAACCUGGUUUGUGAUCAGAAGCAUCUGACAGAUACCUCGCAGUCAGUCUUCAUGGCUGGACUCCUCAUUGGGGCUUUCAUCUUUGGGCCACUCUGUGACUGGAUCGGCCGCAAGGCCACCAUCCUGGUGCAGCUGCUCCUCUUCGCUAUCUUUGGCCUGGCCCCAGCCUUCGUGCCCAGCUUUGAGCUCUACAUGGUCCUUCGCUUUGCUGUGGCUACUGCUGUCGCUGGAUUUACCUUUAGCAAUGUCACCCUACUUACAGAGUGGCUGGGGCCCUCAUGGAGGACACUCUCCGUGGUCCUGGGCCAGUGCAGCUUCUCUGCGGGGCAGAUGGCGCUGGCGGGACUCGCCUAUGGUAUCCGUAACUGGAGACUCUUUCAGAUUGUCGGCACUGCACCUGUCUUGCUGCUCUUCUUCUACUUCUGGGUUCUCCCAGAGUCAGCACGGUGGCUCCUGACCCGUGGGAGGGUAGAGGAGGCUAAAAAACUGAUCCAGAAGGUGGCCGCGGUCAACAAGCGGAAACUCUCCCCAGAGCUCCUGAGCCAGCUCGUCCCAGAGGAGAAAGGCCCCUCAGGGAACGCCCUGGAUCUGUUCAGACACCCCAAGCUCCAGAAGAUGACCUUGGUUCUCUUCGCAGUCUGGUUUGUGGACAGUCUGGGGUACUUCGGCCUGGGCCUCAAAGUAGGGGACUUUGGGCUGGACAUCUACCUGACGCAGCUGAUCUUUGGAGCAGUUGAGAUUCCUGCCCGCUGCUCUAGCAUCUUCAUGAUGCAGUGGUUGGGCCGCAAGUGGAGCCAGAUGGGAACUCUGGUUCUGGGUGGCAUCAUGUGUAUUGCCAUCAUCUUCGUCCCAGCAGAUCUGCCUGUGGUGGUCACUGUGCUAGCCGUGGUGGGGAAAUUUGCCACGGCUGCCGCAUUUACCAUCUCCUACGUGUACUCUGCUGAGCUCUUCCCCACCAUCAUCCGGCAGACAGGCAUGGGGCUGGUCGGCAUCUUCUCGAGGAUUGGAGGCAUCCUCACACCACUCGUGAUCCUGCUGGGUGAUUACCAGGAGGCCGUCCCAAUGAUCAUCUACGGUACCCUCCCCAUUGUGGCAGGCUUACUCUGCAUCCUGCUGCCAGAGACACGGGGCCAGCCCCUAAAGGACACCAUCGAGGACCUGGAGCAAGGGCCCCACCCACGGUCUCUGAAGUCAGCACCCUCAGAAAAUGACAAAGAAGCCCCACGAGGAUCUUCCUGCACGGAAGUGGCCUCUGUGAGCAGCACACAGUUCUGAUUGUGUCUCCAAGAGCCAGACCAGCAGCAGCAGGGAGCUGCCUAAAUUUUCCCCUGAUAAUAGCUGGGACCUAUGAGCAAGUCCAGCCUUACUGACGGAGGCAGCACCAUGGCCUGCCCCAGUGGCAGCACGUGCUGCUGAGCCCAAUCUCGGAAGCAUCAUCACCUUUCUCGUCCCAGAGCCCUACGCCCAACGCCCUGUUCUGGGUUAGGGUCUUGGGCCUAUCUGUUCUCUGAUAGUCUUGGUAGGGGUAUGGCUCCCCUGACACCCUCAAUCUGGGGUCCCUCUGCCCUCAAAACGCAGUCAAGCCCAGAACGAAACAGCUAGGUAGAGCCUUUCCAAGUAUGUGGGUGUAGGGGGAGAAAAAAUUUGGAGUUGUGGAGUCUAUGCAGGUAGGUGGGUGAAAAGGCUGUGGAUGAAGAGAACGUUGUGGUUCCUUCUAGUGGCUGGCCCAGGCCCCUCUGGCUAAGGUGGGGGCCCUAUAGGACAUUUGAUCUCGCUGAGAGAAGCUCUGUGUCCAGUCAAAAUCAAAGCUUCAGUCUUGCGUUCUCUUCAAAGAUGCUCCAGCCCCCUGCCUCCAUCUCAGCUCACUGCUAACCUGUGUGGCUUUUCAAACCGAUGAUUUCAUAAGUCCCUUUACACUGACCCUCAGGAUUCUAAUCUUGGGUGCCCUGGCUGGGUGUAAAAAGCAAAGGACUCUGGCAAUCUGCCUCCAAGGUCCAAGGAGAUAGAAAAGGAAUGCCACCCCCCACCCCAACUAACAGCCCCAGGUUACUGCCAGGCACAGAGCAGGCUGAGUCCUCGAGCUUGGCUCUGACUCAUACAGCCCUGAGCUUUGCCGUGCUCGCUGACCCACUCAUGCUCUCAUCAGUCAAGGAGGCCCUGAGUGCCUUGCCUUGGCUUUAGGAGCACGCUAGAGCCAGAGAUGCACAGUCCAUCUGCAGCUACUCAACUGCUCCCCAGAACUCGGAAGAAUGCUGUAGAUGAGGAGGAGAGGACACUGCAGCGUUAAACAAGGCAGCUGUCCCAGCGUGUGAGGCUUGGAAGACCUCCCAGAGGAGGCACAUCUAGGGAGAGAGCUGCAGGCAGGGGAUGCAGGAGCCCUUUCGGGUAAAGACUAGCAAUGGGCAGGUGCUGCAGCUGGAAGGAUUUCUGGGAAUUUGAGGAACCAGACCCAAGUGGGGCUCAUAAGGCCACGUCCUUACCUUUGAAUUUUGUUCUGAGGGCAAUAAAAGCCAUUGAUUUUGUUUUUUCUUUAAGCAAAGAAGUAACCCAAUAAGAUUGGUAUUUUAAAAAUCACCGUCUAUCUGAAGAAUGUGUUAGAAGAGGGCAAAAGUAGAAGCAGAGACGCCAGGCAGGGCAUCAUUACAACACUGAAAUUAAUUGCAAACAUUUAUUACCUUGUUUUAUCCUCACAACAUUCUGAUGAUGAGAUGGGGUGAUGGCAGUGGAACUGGGAGGAGGCGAAGACGCUUUGGUUGGUCCUCCCCUGGCCUGUGCCCUGGGCAAGAGCUUAGCUUCUCAGUUUCCAUUGGCUCUCCCCAGGAGAAGCUCCCUGGCUGCUGGGAGUAACCUGGUGCCCUCCUCAGAGAGGCCUCUGAGAUUAAGAGCACUAGACUGCACAUCCUGUGUUUAUGUCAAUGUCCAAAGCCUAAGGCACCACCACGCUUCCCCAGCCAUCUCCUCUACAUCGCCACUGUCCCCCAUGACUCCAGCCCCUCUGACCUGGCCCUAUCCUUACCCAGUUCCACCCAUGGUCUCAACCCUGUGUCUCUGAAACUGCUGCUCCAAAUCCAGCAGAAACCCUGUGUCUUCAGCCCUUCAUAGAAGUGUACUCCGUCUCCUGCCUCUUCCUCUGGUCAUGCUUUCUCUCACAGCCCGGGAGCUGGGGUAAGAGCCUCUUUGCUCCCCUUGCUGCUGCUCGACCAUUACAGUUCUUCCACCUAUAAAAAAACCUUCUCUUGAAAGUACCUCAACAUAAUAAAGGCCAUAUAUGACAAACCCACAGCCAACAUCAUACUCAAUGGACAAAACUGAAAGCCAUUCCUCUGAGAACAGGAACAAG